GGCGGCGCCGCGGUGCGCAGGCGCAGCCGUCGGUGGGACGGGGCUCGGUGGCCUGCGAGAGAUCCUGAGACCCUGGGCGCCGCCUCCUCCCGGCUCAAGAUGGACAACAGGAAGCGCCUGGCCUUCGCCAUCAUCCAGUUCCUGCACGACCAGCUCCGGAACGGGGGGCUCUCGGCCGACGCCCAGGAGAGCCUGGAAGUUGCCAUCCAGUGCCUAGAGACCGCCUUCGGGGUGACAUUGGAGGACCACGACCUUGCGCUUCCUCAGACGCUGCCGGAGAUAUUCGAGGCCGCCGCCGCGGGCAAGGAGGUGCCACCGGACCUGAGGAGCCCUGUGCAAACCCCGCCUUCCGAGGAGGACUCGGCAGAGGCAGAGCGCCUGAAGACUGAAGGAAACGAGCAGAUGAAGGUGGAGAAUUUUGAAGCUGCUGUGCACUUCUACGGAAAAGCCAUCGAGCUCAACCCGGCCAACGCUGUCUAUUUCUGCAACAGGGCCGCGGCCUACAGCAAGCUCGGGAACUACUCGGGGGCUGUGCGGGACUGCGAGCGUGCCAUCUGCAUAGACCCGGCCUACAGCAAGGCCUACGGCAGGAUGGGUCUGGCGCUCUCCAGCCUGAACAAGCACGCGGAGGCCGUGGCCUACUACAGGAAGGCCCUGGAGCUGGACCCCGACAACGAGACGUACAAGUCCAAUCUCAAGAUCGCGGAGCUGAAGCUGCGGGAGGCGCCGAGUCCCACGGGAGGCCUGGGUAGCUUCGACCUCGCCGGCCUGCUGAACAACCCCGGCUUCAUGAGCAUGGCAUCGAACCUAAUGAACAAUCCCCAGGUUCACCAGCUCAUGUCCGGGAUGAUUUCGGGCGGGCACAACCCCUUGGCAACCCCCGGCACCAGCCCUUCGCAGAACGACCUGGCCAGCCUCAUCCAGGCGGGUCAGCAGUUCGCGCAGCAGAUGCAGCAGCAGAACCCCGAGCUGAUCGAGCAACUCCGGAGCCAGAUCCGGAGCCGGACGCCCAGCGCCAGCCAGGACGAGCAGCAAGAGUGAGCCUCGUUCUGGCACGACGGUGCCCUUCCCUGCCGACAGCCUCUCGCGAGCUGCCAUUCAUUCCCUCCCGUUGGACUGCCCUGGAGAGAAAA